UGAAUAUUAAAGGGCAAGGCCGGAGGAGAUUUUUAACUGGGACUCUGGAGCGCCGCUGUUCUGCCGUUCGUCGCUCCUUCACCUCUCUUUUUUCUUUUCUUUUUCCCCCCCCUCCUGUGUGCUGAGGCAGGGGUCAACUGAAUGACAAACAAAAGGGUCGCUGUCCUGGAGAGCGAGAGGGAGAAGAAAUGAGUGAUAGGAAGAGAGGGAGACGCUCAACUGUGGGGCAAAUGAGGGGACUUGGUCAGAGGAGAAACAGGAGAGAGGGGUGUGUGUUUAGGAGAAGGAGGGUGGUGGGAGGGAGCGGUGGAGACUCAGUUGAGGGGGAGGGGUAGAAUAAAGGGGUGGUGGUGAACGCUCUUCUCUCUGUCGGGCAGGCUAUAUGCUUUUUAAAGGCGGACGGACGGGCAGCCUGCCUUUUGUCUGUUCCUGGUUCCGGGGCCCGAGGAAGUUGAGGGCUACAGAGAUUUUGUGUGUCAGCCAGCCCCCCCUCUCUCUUCUACAAUGCAGAGUAGAGUACAGCCUUUCUCUCUCCUUCUCUCCCACAGCCUACUACACAGCAUGAAGGGCACAGGUCCCGUUGGGGAGACGGAGGACAAUAACUCCAGAGCUGAAGCCCUGGCUUCCAAAUCCCAGCUCCCGUCACUGUUUGCAUGAGAUUUGAAUAUCAUUUGCAGUGAGCAUGUCUGCAGAUUCGUUUGGCGCCGGGGGCAGCGAUGCCCAGCAGAGCCUACAGUCCUUCUGGCCACGCGUCAUGGAAGAGAUCAGGAACCUCACGGUGAAGGAUUUCCGCGUGCAGGAGUUGCCUCUCGCCCGAAUCAAGAAAAUCAUGAAGCUGGAUGAAGAUGUGAAGAUGAUCAGUGCGGAGGCUCCGGUGCUGUUUGCCAAGGCAGCUCAGAUCUUCAUUACAGAGCUCACGCUGAGGGCCUGGAUUCACACUGAAGACAACAAGAGACGCACCUUACAGAGGAACGACAUUGCCAUGGCGAUAACGAAGUUCGACCAGUUUGACUUCCUUAUCGACAUUGUGCCCCGGGACGAGCUCAAGCCCCCCAAACGACAGGAGGAGGUGCGUCAGUCGGUGGCCCCAGCAGAGCCGGUUCAGUACUACUUCACCCUGGCUCAGCAGCCAGGCCAGGUGCAGGGCCAGCAGGCCACUGGACAACAGGCUACCACCAUCCAACCUGGACAGAUCAUCAUCGCACAGCCACAGCAAGGACAGGGAGGGGCUCCAAUGACCAUGCAGGUGGGGGACCAGCAGGUCCAGAUAGUACAGGCGUCGUCCCAGGGCCAGACCCAGACGGUGCAGUCAGGACAGACCAUGCAGGUCAUGCAGCAGAUAAUCACCAACUCCGCAGAGAUCCAGCAGAUACCAGUGCAGCUGAACAAUGGCCAGUUGCAGUACAUCCGGCUGGCACAGCCUGUCUCUGGCACACAGGUGGUUCAGGGACAGAUCCAGACGCUGGGUAACACUCAGCAGGUACAGAUUACACAGACAGAGCAAGGCCAGCAGCAAUUCAACCAGUUUACUGACGGACAGCAGUUGUAUCAGAUUCAGCAGGUGAUGCCGGCGGGACAGGACCUGAGCCAGCCCUUGUUCAUCCAGUCCACCAAUCAGACGGCCGAUGGACAGGUCACCACACAGGUCAGCACAGACUGAGGCUCUGGAAGCAUCCUCCUGACGCCCAGACCACCAAACCAUUGACCACACCACCUGCUACCAUCCAUAAGGACAACACUGGCUCAAACGCCAAGGGACCUCCUAGGAGGCGUCCAAAAUGGUCAAAAGUAGAGCCCAAUAUAGGGUGCCAUUUGGGAUGUACCCUUACUCUCAUUCAAUACACUGAUCUAUGACAUGAUACUUAAAAGGGACUGUCUGACAACAACAGUUCUUUAUUCAGUAUACUGGGUCAGAUACCAAAGGGACUGCUCUACAACUCCCGCUCAUUCCCAUUUCAUAUCGUCUCUCUCUGCCUCUGUUAGUUCCUCCAGGCACCCACUCUCACCUGAUACGUUCCCCAAAAAAGCCUCACUUAGUGCGCAUUCAUGAGAGCUACACACAGGGUAUCCGAACACUGAAUCCUCCAGGACCCAACUCUCCUCCGUCUUAGUGACCAGCUGUUCAUCCUCAAUGUCUGUAAACCCUUUAUGUACAAACCUCCUCUGUAUAUUCUCUGUCUCUCUGUGAAGUACACCGUAUGGAUGGCUCUUGUGUUCUCUAUGGGUGCGUCCCAAAUGGCAACCUAUUCCCUAUACAAUGCACUCAUUUUGACCACGGUCCAAAGGGUUUUGGUCAAAAGUAGUGCUCUAUAUAGGGAAUAGAAUGCAUUGGGAUGCAUCCUAUGGAAGGCAUGGCCCUUGUUUUGUCUACAAGCCAAGAGAACAUGAAUCCUUUGUAAUGUUUUUAAUGUGUAGACGUUUAAAAUAAUAAACUAUAAAGCCAUACUCUUACCUAACCCAUUUAAUUCACAAUAAAUCAUUGUCAAUUGUAUGAAACCAGCCAUGAUAGGUCAAUUAAGUUAUGUUAGUUUCUCGCAGGUUUUUCACAUUGACGAGACAUUGCCAUCGAUGAAAGGGCUUCUAACUGAAUGAUUGAGUUUGAAUUUUGUAUGACCUCCGUGUGUGUGUGUGUGUGUGUGUCAUUCAAUAUUGUGCAGUUACUGCAGUAUACUUUCCCCAUGGCCCAGUGAUCCUAUUCACCUCUUCAGUGCCCCCUCUCCAUCUCUCCAUUCAUUUCCACUGAUCACUCUAUCAUUGUUAGAGCAGGGAGGGGUUAGGCCUUUCUGUCUCUAUGCAGUCUCUUCUUUCUCCCCUUCUCUCUUUUUCUCUCCCUUUACUUUUUUCUCUAUCCAGAGAGGUUUGUGGUUCUCCUGCCCUGCUCUGAGGAAGCCUCCUGUAUAAAAACAACUCCACUGGAGGAAAGGCCCCUUUUUAUAAACUCUUUUUUUGAAUACCUGUUGUAACUUGUUAAUUUGUUUGUAUGACUACCCCUCUCCCUCCUCCCCUUUCUUAUUUAGUUCAAUUGUUAUCAUUGUUGUUCUUAUUAUUGUCGAUUUGCAUGUCCUUUAAACUGCCAGCAUGAUAUGCAAUAGAUGGGUAGACAUUCUAUUUUGUAAGCAAACUUUGGGUUUGUGAGAAAAUAAAAUGCAAAUAAAAAACAUUACAUGCUA